AUGGCAGGUGUUGUCCAUCGCCACCACAGGAGAAGAUACCGUCAAAGGGUGUAUGUUGAGCGUAUAGAUCCACUGCAGAAAUAUACCAAUGAGGAGCUGUAUGCUCGGUUUUGCUUCGGAAGAGCUGAUAUUCAGUAUAUUGUGGACCUUCUCAGGCCCAACCUCCAACGCAGAACCCAAAGGAGUCAUGGUCUGUCUGUGGAGGAACAGGUUCUCAUUGCUCUUCGCUUCUAUGCGUAUGGGACUUUCUACCAAGUUGUGGGUUACUACAUGGGUGUGACAAAAUCUACUGUUUGUGAUGUUCUAAAAAGUGUGUCAACUGCAUUGGCCAGCCUGAUUAAUGAAAUUGUUUCAUUUCCGAAGGAUGACCAGAUCAUCCAGGCCAAGCAGAAUUUUUUUCUUUUGGGGAAUAUGCCCAAUACUAUUGGAGCAAUCGACUGCAUCCAUGUGCACAUACAAGCACCUCAUGAGAAUGAGUGGGAGUUUGUAAACCGAAAGGGGAGACAUAGCAUCAACGUUCAACUUGUGGGUAACGCUGAGCUCCUCAUCACAAACUGCGUUGUGAAGUGGCCUGGAUCUGUCCAUGAUGCGCGCAUCCUGAGGGAGAGCGCUCUAUAUAGAGAGCUCCAAACCAACCGACCAAAUGGUAUCAUAUUAGGAGACAGUGCCUACCCUCUUCUACCAUGGCUGAUGACCCCUUUUCUGGCUGCAAACACGCCUGAGCAGGCACGCUUCAACACUGCUCAUUGCAAAACAAGAUGCACCAUUGAGCGCUUAAAUGGAGUUCUGAAGAGGCGCUUUGCAUGCCUUAACUACUUGAGAGUGGAACCACAGAAAGCAUGCAACAUAAUACUUGCUUGCAUUGUCCUACUCAACAUCGCGACCAGGUGCAAAGUCCCUCUCUGUGAUGACGUCCCUGAUGCACCUGAGCCCAUUGGAGACACUGACCAACCUCCGCCAUUCUGUCAGAAUGAGGGCCCGACUGGACGACCAAUAAGAGAUGCAAUUGUUAGAUACUAUUUUUGA